CCGCGUCGGGAGCCGGCGGCGGAUCCCGGGACGCGGAGACCCGGGGUCCCGGCAGCGGGGCGGCCCGCGGGCCCGGGGCUGGGAUGCAUCGCCGCGGGGUGGGAGCCGGCGCCAUCGCCAAGAAGAAGCUGGCCGAGGCCAAGUACAAGGAGCGAGGAACUGUCUUGGCUGAGGACCAGCUGGCCCAGAUGUCAAAGCAGUUGGACAUGUUCAAGACCAACCUGGAGGAAUUUGCCAGCAAGCACAAGCAGGAGAUCCGGAAGAAUCCGGAAUUCCGGGUGCAGUUCCAGGACAUGUGCGCCACCAUCGGGGUGGAUCCUCUGGCCUCUGGAAAAGGAUUUUGGUCUGAGAUGCUGGGCGUGGGAGAUUUCUAUUAUGAGCUGGGUGUUCAGAUCAUCGAAGUGUGCCUGGCCCUGAAGCACCGGAAUGGAGGUCUGAUAACUCUGGAGGAACUACAUCAGCAGGUGUUAAGAAGGGGCAAAUUCGCACAGGAUGUCAGCCAAGACGACCUUAUCAGGGCCAUCAAGAAGCUGAAGGCGCUCGGCACCGGCUUUGGCAUCAUCCCCGUGGGUGGCACCUACCUCAUUCAGUCUGUUCCGGCUGAGCUCAAUAUGGACCACACGGUGGUGCUGCAGCUGGCGGAGAAAAAUGGCUACGUGACCGUCAGCGAUAUCAAAGCCAGUCUUAAAUGGGAGACCGAGCGAUCUCGACAAGUGCUGGAACACCUGCUGAAGGAAGGGCUGGCCUGGCUGGACCUACAGGCCCCCGGGGAGGCCCACUACUGGCUGCCCGCUCUUUUCACGGACCUCUACUCCCAGGAGAUUACAGCCGAGGAGGCCAGAGAAGCCCUCCCCUGACUCUGGGAGUGCCCAGGGGGUCGGGGGUGGGGGCCCUGCAGCUGGCAGGGAGAGGAGGGGAGAGCGGUUGGCGAAUAAAACCCGAACAACUUUG